GUGACUGGAGUGCAGAUGAAGGACCAGGGAGGAAGACUACUUGAACUUCAGCAGSAGGGAGCUCAUGGAAAACGGUUCAGGACUCAAGGUUGGAUGCAAGCUGGAAAAGCAUCCAGAGGUUUACUAUCAAACCACUUCGCAUCGUUACUGAGAAGAAAACUACAGAACAUGGAGCCCAGUUCCACAGAGGGAGGAUCUGAGGAGAAGGUUGUUAAAAGUCCUCCGGCCAAAGUGAUACUGAAACAUGGCCAGGAGCUGGAGGAAGAGCAGGACCAGCUGGCCGAGCAUCAGCCCCUCGAGCAGGAAGACCUGAACUUUGAAAGGUGGAAGCGCAGGCCCAUUCCCAGGAGGACCCUCCACCAGAAAAUAGCCGACUUGAAGAAAUACCUGUGGAAUGCAGAGACCAACGAAUUCAUGGGGCGCUCUGGCAAGAGCUGGAGCCUCAUCCUGCUGUUCUACGCUGGACUUUAUGUGUUCCUUGCAGCCAUGUUUGGGGGCUGUUUGUUUUGCCUCAUGUGGUCUAUUAGUCCCUAUCAUCCCACCUAUAAUGACAGAGUGAUGCCACCAGGUAUGACGAUGGCUCCGCACCUAGAAGGCCACGAGAUCGCUUUCAACGCAUCCGACCGCAAAUCCUGGAAGAAGUACGCCAGGUCUAUGGACGAGCUUUUAAGACCCUAUAAUGACGGUGCCCAGGACAGGAAGAAUAUUCGCUGCACACACGACACAUACUUCAUGCAGGAUAACCUGGAGGAGAGCGCAGAGAGGAAAGCGUGCCAGUUUAAGCGGUCUUGGCUGCAGGACUGUUCGGGGCUGCACGACCCCCACUAUGGCUACUCUCAGGGAAGGCCAUGCAUCCUGCUGCGAAUGAACCGGAUCCUUGGUUACUUACCUGGGCAGGGAAAACCAAUAAAUGUGACUUGUGGAGUUAAGAAAGGACCACCUGAGGCAUUAGGAGAAAUCCAGUUCUUCCCUAAAAGUAUUUUUGACAUGAAGUAUUAUCCAUACUAUGGGAAGCUCAGACAUGUAAACUACUCUUCGCCUGUCGUGGCUGUGCGUUUCGCAGGAGUGCAGUAUGACACUCACAUUCAGGUGCAAUGCAAACUGAACGGAAAAGGAAUCAUUAACGACUCGCCCACUGACCGCUACCUGGGCAGCGUGACCUUCUCUUUGGAUGUUGGAGCGUAAGACGUUGCUGCCAGCGAGAUGCUUCAAAAAAAAAUGAGAAAAUAUGUAUAAGAAAAGAGUUAUUUUGAGUCCUUAUUUUUCAUGAAUUAUGUUAUUUUUUCUUUUCCUCAUAUUUCUCUUUAAUAUCAACGUCUUCUCACGUGAAACAGAAUCCUCAAGAAGUAGAUUUAUUUUGUGUGGCGUGCACCCAGCACGCACAUCAAGAAGUGCUGAGCAGAAGAUAAGUGCAUAAUUACAAUUCAGUUCCUCAUAUGUAUUUUUUAAUGAUUAGAGAAAUUAAUCAAACUAAAUUAAACUCUGCCCACUAGUUAUCUCAUGGCUAUGCAAAUUCAAUCAUGACCUUAAACAGAUAAUAUCAAAUUAGAGAUGUCGCCGUGUUAGAUUUCGGAUUUGCUUGCAUACCUUUGUGUGACAAAGUACUAAUUUUGUUUAGAAAUAUAUUUUUCAAACAUGUUGUAAGAAUUCAAAGAACUAUCAUGUAAACACUGAAAACAAGACUUGUACUGUACUUAUACAGUAAAAAAAAA